AUGACAAAACGUAAUAAAACAAACGCAACUCUUCUUUCUUGUGGUUCUCUUAUUCCUGACUUGCAUUAUGGACCAUUUUCGCGAGAUUGGUGGUAUACUACCACAAUUGAAAAUGAAGUUCUGUUGGUUCCUAUUCGUCUAGGAAUGAUUAUUACCACUACUAUUAAUGGGCAAAAGUUUAUUUUACGUGUCGUUCAAGGCCAUCCAAAACAUUUACAACAGCCUGGUUAUUGUUGUCAAGCUGGAGUAUUGUCUAGUAACGUUGAAGAAUCUUGUAGCGCUGCAUUAACUUCUUUAUAUCAACAUAUUUUUCAAACUAAAACAAAAUUUUCAGGACCACAAGAGUUAGGUUUAGAUGACAAUAAAAUUGUGGACCAAUUGUUAAAUGGGAUUUUAUUUCGACCAUUUUAUGUUUCAGUUGAUAAGUUUCAAAUUUUGUAUAUUCAUUGGGCAAAUGAAAAUUCACAUCAUCAUUUGUCUACAUUUGAGGGAGAUACGCCAGCAGGUGUUUGGAAAAAAAUAGGCAUUCUACAAAAGUUAGAUGGUUUUGCACUCUUUGGUUUAGAGGAUGAUUAUACUAAAAAGAGAUUAGAAUCAAGAGAAUUACCAACAUGUCGACCUACCGAUUGGACAAAUGAUGAGACAAUGGAUGAGUUGUAUUCAUAUUAUUUAAAGAAGCGUACACUUGCUAAUAUUAAUUGGCGGAAAAAAAGAGCAUGGCAGGUAUUUUUCAGAGCUGCGGGAUGUAUUAAUAUUACACCAUUUGGAAUUGAUAAAUAUAAGUGUGGAUUUUGGACAAAAGAAAUCAAUCCUUUACAUGAUCAAGAAACAUUAUAUACUUUGUUUGAAAAUGGAUUCUUACGAACAAUACCAUUUGAUGACUCAUCCAAAUCAUGCAAUGAUUUGACAGAACGAUUAGCCAGUUGUUUAAUAGAAUCAUAUGAAGCAAAUAAAAAAGGUGUCGAAGGCAAAAGAAGAAUUUUAUCUAUUGUUGCAGAUAAAUUUUCAUUACAAGAACUGAAGCUAAUGAAGAUGUCAUCUCGAACUAUUCAGGAAGCAAGAACAUUUGCACGUAUUAAUGGACCAGGUUGUUCAAUAAUUGAAAAACCAACAAUUCAUCGUACCCGAUUUUCUGAAGAAGCAAAAGACCAAUUCGAAAAAUUUUUUUCAGAUAAAUCCAUUGUUAAUAUGAGUUCAUACAAAGUUGAUCCACAAACCAAACUACCAGUGCUUUAUUUGAAAGAUAAUAAAACAGCUUUAUGGGAAAAAUUUUUAGAAACAUACCCAGAUGGUUAUAAGCGAACAACAUUUAUGACAGAAUUGGCUAAUACUUCUUUAUUGGUAAAGUCUAUUUUGAUUGAUAAGGUUGAAAAGGUUAGAAGACAUAUGAAGCGUGAUUAUGAAAAAGAAAUAUCAAUAAAUACCAAUGGACAAGUGAAUCAUGAUCCUUGUAUUUCGCAUUGUUUAGCAUAUGCCUUUGGCAUUUGCAAAAAUACACAUGUUAGCAUUUGUGAAAAAUGCAAUAAAUUAUGGAUACUCUUUACACAAUUACAAUCCAACCUGGAUGAGUCCUGUUCUGAAAUACUAAAUGAAGCCUUUAAACAAAAAAUCAACAAGCCCGAACCUACCUGUACAUCACAUUCUGCACCUAAAGAAUCAUGGAAUAUUCCAAUUCCAGAUCCAUCAA